CACCUGAAUAAGCUUGGACAAAUGUAGACCGUUAAUUUGAUAAGAUCUGACGGCUAUUUGGUGGGAAAAUAUAGGUAGAAAGAUUAGAUUUCAUUCACCACUCUUCUACUCUGUUAGCAGUAGCACUAGUAAAAUUAUUGCUUUGAUGGCUGCCCUAAGCUUCAAUCCUUCGAGAAUAAGACAGCCUUUACUUCAAACUCAUAAACCCAUUUCUAACUUCACUUGUUUAACUGAAUUCUCCUUUCAAUCACUACUUUCAAAAUCACCAAAAGCCAAGCUCAAGUCUCUUCAUAUUCCAUCAUGUUCAGUUUCUGAAGCUUCCAUUUCAUCUACUUUGGAAACUGAAGAAGGAGAAGAAGACGAUGAUCCCACUGCUGAGCUAGUCUAUCUUGACCCUGAAAUUGAUCCUCAGAGCAUAACUGAGUGGGAAUUGGAUUUUUGCUCAAGGCCUAUUCUUGAUAUUAGAGGCAAAAAGUUAUGGGAGCUUGUUGUUUGUGAUACUACUUUGUCCCUUCAGUAUACCAAAUAUUUUCCUAAUAAUGUUAUCAAUAGUAUCACUUUGAAAGAUGCUUUAGUCUCAAUAUCUGAUGACUUAGGGCUGCCCCUACCUGAUAAAAUCAGAUUCUUCAGGUCACAAAUGCAGACAAUUAUUACAAGAGCUUGCAAUGAACUUGGAAUCAAACCUGUUCCUAGCAAACGGUGCUUAUCACUUGUCCUUUGGCUUGAAGACCGCUAUGAAACUGUUUAUACUCGCCAUCCUGGUUUUCAAAAAGGUGCCAAGCCACUUCUUGCACUUGACAAUCCUUUUCCAAUGGAACUUCCCGAGAAUCUGUAUGGAGAAAAGUGGGCUUUUGUCCAGUUACCCAUUUCAGCUGUUCGUGAAGAAGUAUCUAACCUGGAGACUAGGUUGGUUUUUGGCGCAAGUUUAGACUUGGAUCUUCUGGGGAUCGAAAUUGAGGACAACACAUUGAUUCCCGGACUAGCAGUUGCAUCCUCACGUGCAAAACCAUUAGCAGCUUGGAUGAAUGGCUUGGAAGUCUGUUCGAUUGAAGUUGAUGUUGCCAAGGCUUCCUUAAUUCUGUCGGUGGGUAUUUCGACCCGCUACAUUUAUGCCAUUUACAAGAAAAACCCUGUAUCCACAGGCGAAGCUGAAGCUUGGGAAGCAGCAAAGAAAGCUUGUGGAGGUUUGCACUUCCUAGCAAUUCAAAAUGACCUGAAUUCAGAUGAUUGUGUUGGAUUCUGGCUUCUAUUAGACUUGCCACCUCCUCCUGUAUAAAUUGUUAAAUAGAAUAAAAGGUUUUCCUUUGUACAUUCUCUUUUCUUGCUCAUUUCCAGAAUGUAGAGGGAUCAGCUUGCAAGCCAUCAUAGCAUUUAGAUUGUCUUGGAGUCUCGCCAAAGUUGAGGGAAAAUCUCUGAAAGUCAGUUUUGAGCAUUUUCAUAAUAUACCAUAUAUAUUCGCUGGGUAUGUAGUUGUUAUAGUAUUCAGAAAGUGGCAUUCUUUUGCUCUCUUCGUGUUUACUUACAGCUCUAAUUUACUUCAAUGAGCUUUGUAUCAGGUACUAUUCUGGCAUUGAUUAUAUCUCUACAAUUUUUAGUCCUCUAUGGACUUCUCCA